AAAAAAAAAAAAAAAAGCAUGGUGGGAGCAGGAUCCUUGUUUGCCCAGCCCCUGUAUUGUCUACCAUACUUUGCAUACAAUAGGUGCUCAGUGGAUGUUGUUCAAUAGUUUACUCUUGAAUAAAUGAGCAAAUUAAGGACAUCUGUAAAUGGUUCUCUUGUAUGCCAGUACUUUCCACAUUAGUAGCUGUGACUACUGAGCUACAAGACAUUGAGUAACACAUUGGCAGCAAAAAAAGAACUUGAUGGUCAUUUAAGGAUACUACCUUUGCUGUGAACAAAAAAGACUGAAACGGUGAAACAUAAGAAUAAAAUUUUGAUGGAGUAAAUAUUUGCAAUCCCCACCCCACCCUCCAUCACCGGCUGUUACAACUCACAUGAUUUAUUGUUUGCAGGGUAGCUCUUACUGUGGUGUAAUUUGUUUAUUUUGUUUCACCAUUCUUUUGAAGUUUAAAAGCAGACAAGAAAGCACUGCAGGGUGAGUGUGGCUGUGCUCCCUCACUGCAGGCACUCUGGGGUGUUGCUUAGUGAAGGUCAUUCCCUUUCCCUGUGCUAAACACGGAAUGAAAUACCGUAUUCCUUACUUUCAAGAUUAAUCUAGUGGUCGGCAUUCACAGGAGAAUAGCGGGGCUAUUCGUCAACUAGCUUUAAAUAUUUUAUGGCAAAUACUCAACCAUACCCUGAAAGUGGUCCUUUUGCCAUCAAUUUCUCAACAUCAAUAUGCUCUUUUGCUGUAGUGAGAAAUAUUUCGCUCUGUAGUUUAAGCCUUAUUUCAAAUACAAAGACACCUAGUCCUGAGAAAGAGAACGCAUUGGCUCUUCUGAGGCAGGCGUCACUAGGGGCAGGAGCUGAGAAACCCGCUGUUUCCUUAGGAGGUGCACAGACGGCCCAGGAUGGCUUAGUGAGCAGGCAGCUCAGACGCCGCAGGUAGCGGCCCUGCCUCUGAACAAAGAGGAGUCCACACCUGGAGUGCAGACAAAGGGAGGCCGCCUCUGCUACCCAAUUCCCAGUUCACAUCGCCUGCUGCUGGGGACCCCUAGUGGCGGCACACGACGCAGGCACAGGCUUGAUUGCUGUAAAUUAAACACAUCAGUGGCAGGGGCACCAGCUGCACAACGCUAGGAGCCACCAAACACAGUGUAUUCUACAUAAAUGUUGCUGCCAGGAGCCCCAGUUCAAACUACAAUACCCUGAGAGAUGGUUGGCGCCAUGUGGAAGGUGAUUGUUUCGCUGGUCCUGUUGGCGCCUGGCCCCUGUGAUGGGCUGUUUCGCUCCCUAUACAGAAGUGUUUCCAUGCCACCUAAGGGAGACUCAGGACAGCCGUUGUUUCUCACCCCUUACAUUGAAGCUGGGAAGAUCCAAAAAGGAAAAGAAUUGAGUUUGGUCAGUCCUUUCCUAGGACUGAACGUGAAGAGUUAUGCCGGCUUCCUCACCGUGAAUAAGACUUACAACAGCAACCUCUUCUUCUGGUUCUUCCCGGCUCAGAUACAGCCAGAAGAUGCCCCAGUAGUUCUCUGGCUGCAGGGUGGGCCAGGAGGUUCAUCCAUGUUUGGACUCUUUGUGGAACAUGGGCCUUAUGUUGUCACAAGUAACAUGACCUUGCGUGACAGAGACUUCCCCUGGACCACAACGCUCUCCAUGCUUUACGUUGACAAUCCAGUGGGCACAGGCUUCAGUUUUACUGAUGAUACCCACGGAUAUGCAGUCAAUGAGGACGACGUAGCACGGGAUUUAUACAGUGCACUAAUUCAGUUUUUCCAGAUAUUUCCCGAAUAUAAAGAUAAUGACUUUUAUGUCACUGGGGAGUCUUACGCAGGGAAAUAUGUGCCAGCCAUUGCACACCUCAUCCAUUCCCUCAACCCGGUGAAGGAGGAGAAGAUCAACCUGAAAGGAAUUGCUAUUGGAGAUGGAUAUUCUGAUCCUGAAUCAAUUAUAGGGGGCUAUGCAGCAUUCCUGUACCAAAUUGGCUUGUUGGAUGAGAAGCAGAAAAAGUACUUCCAGAAGCAGUGCCACGAAUGCAUAGAACACAUCAGGAAGCAGAACUGGUUUCAGGCCUUUGAAAUACUGGAUAAACUACUAGACGGCGACUUAACAAGUGAUCCUUCUUACUUCCAGAAUGUUACAGGAUGUAGUAAUUACUAUAACUUUUUGCGGUGCACGGAACCUGAGGAUCAGCUUUACUAUGUGAAACUUUUGUCACUCCCAGAGGUGAGACAAGCCAUCCACGUGGGAAAUCGGACUUUUAAUGAUGGAACUGUAGUUGAAAAGUACUUGCGAGAAGAUACAGUACAGUCAGUUAAGCCAUGGUUAACUGAAAUCAUGAAUAAUUAUAAGGUUCUGAUGUACAAUGGCCAACUGGACAUCAUCGUGGCAGCUGCCCUGACAGAGCGCUCCUUGAUGGGCAUGGACUGGAAAGGAUCCCAGGAAUACAAGAAGGCAGAAAAAAAAGUUUGGAAGAUCUUUAAAUCUGACAAUGAAGUGGCUGGUUACGUCCGGCAAGUGGGUGACUUCCAUCAGACAUGGGCAAAGUUCCUCUGUCCAUUUAUGGGAAUCAGACUGUGGGCAGAAAACCAGAACACAGUAAUCAAACCACACCCCGCCUCCCAGCCAGAGAGCUUCCCUGAAGUCACAGGUAAUUAUUCGAGGUGGAGGACAUAUUUUACCCUAUGACCAGCCUCUGAGAGCUUUUGACAUGAUUAAUCGAUUCAUUUAUGGAAGAGGAUGGGAUCCUUAUGUUGGAUAAACUACCUUCCCAAAAGAGAACAUCAGAGGUUUUCAUUGCUGAAAAGAAAAUUGUAAAAACAGAAAAUGUCAUAGGAAUAAGAAAAUUAUCUUUUCAUAUCUGCAAGAUUUUUUCAUCAAUAAAAAGUAUCCUUGAAACAA